AUGCUGCCAAUAUUUAAUACAUCCAAAUCAACUUCAAGUAAGUUAAGAUAUCGCCAAAUUGCUUGUCUCUUGUUAAAUCAUAUUAGUAAAUAAUUGUUGUAUUAUUUAGAGACCCAUUAUAAGAAUAUUUUUGCGCAAAACCAAAAUUUUAGAAGAUUGCUCAAUAAGAAAACCUUGAAUAAUCUAUAGAAACUUAAAGAAGACAUUCAAGCUAAGUAGUUGGCUUUGCAUUACUUUUCUAGUUUUCAAUUGAUUUCGGACAUAUUAACAUAUUAAUUUGAAGCAGAUUGCUUAGCAGAUAUCCAAAAUCUGUGCAAUUACCUUUCAAUAUGA